ACCACAAGACCUCCUCCUACUAACCACAACAGCAGCAUGUACAACAACAGCAGCAACCACCAGGACAAACCACUCUACAUCGGACUAACACCCAUCAAGUCAUCCUCGCCUCCACCCCAGCCCAUAGGAACACCACCAACAACAGACGAAGGAUUUGCUUAUUCGACCCUACUCAGGCGAGCUGAAGACGAAACCCUACUCAGAACAUCCCACCAUCACCACCAUCAUCGACUGCCCAGCCCAACCACCUCAACAUUCCCCCAUCAUAAAGCCCAUCCGACAACCCAGGACGACCCUCAAAACCCUUCUUCAUCCUCCUUCUAUGCCUCCGCCACCCCAUCCGCACACUAUUCAGUCCAAUCGAUCGACCAGGUAGUCCAACAGUUCAACACCCAUCCCGUCAAAGGAUUACCCUCCCAGUCCGUACCCGCCAUCCGUGGAAUUCACGGCCCAAACGAGUUCCAGGUCGAUGCUAGAGAAUCCGUCCUGAAAAAAUUCCUCGCUCAGUUCUACGAGAGUCCGCUGAAUCUCCUGCUAUUAGGAUCAGCAGCCGUCAGUUAUAUCGUCGGUAACACGGAUGAUGCUAUCAGUAUUACUGCUGCCAUCGUAAUCGUAGUCACAGUGGGUUUCAUUCAAGAGCAACGAUCUGAGAAAUCACUGGCGGCUCUGAACAAAUUGGUACCACAUUAUUGUCAUCUAACACGAGAUGGUCAGCCACAAACCUUACUCGCCAACGUCCUCGUCCCAGGGGACUUGGUCACCUUCUCCGUCGGCGAUCGGAUUCCAGCAGACCUGAGACUGAUCAAAGCCACUCAACUUGAGAUCGAUGAAAGCUCGAUGACAGGGGAGACCAAGCCGAUGAAGAAACAAGUCGAUCGGAUCCAGGUCGAAGGUCGGCUACCCGAUAUCUCCGAACGAACUAACGUGGCACUCAUGGGUACCCUGGUCAAGAACGGCAACGGCGCUGGGAUUGUCGUUGGAACUGGCUCUCAAACUGAGUUCGGUGUCGUCUUUGGGAUGAUGCAAGAGGUCGAAGAACGAAAGACACCCCUGCAGUUAUCGAUGGACGAAUUAGCUAAGAAACUUAGUGCAAUCUCAUUCGCCGUCAUCGCCGUCAUCUGCCUAAUUGGAUUAUGGCAGAAACGCAGUUGGCUGGAGAUGUUUACAGUUGGGGUCUCACUUGCCGUUGCCGCCAUUCCAGAAGGAUUGCCGAUCGUAGUCACCGUCACUUUAGCGUUAGGUGUUUUGAGGAUGUCGAAACGGAAAGCGAUCGUCAAGAAAUUACAUUCAGUCGAAACUCUCGGCUCAGUUUCAGUGAUAUGUUCUGACAAAACUGGAACUCUCACGACCAAUCAGAUGACCGUCACUCAAAUCUUUACGAUCGAUGAUGGUCUGAAAACCGUCCAAUCCCUGACUGAGCCCAAUAUGCACAUGCUCAAAAUCUCAGAUGUGAUCCUCAAAACGCUUGAGAUCGCCAACCUCUGUGUGAAUGCUUAUCGAAAUCAGGAUGGGACUAAUGUUGGUACGAGCACUGAGGUGGCCCUCCUGAACGUGCUAACGAUUUUGGGGGUCGAAGAUUGUCGACCACUGUUCAAUCGGAAAUCUGAGACUCCGUUCACAUCUGAGGCUAAGUACUCAUCUGUUGUCGGCUCAUUCAAAACAACUGACUCGAGACCAUCCAACGCACCGCUCUCACCCCGAAGCAGUCGAUCAACUCAAUCAAUGAUCACUGAUCCCGACACCCACUACUUGAUUGGUGCCCCGGAGGUCGUCCUUUCUCGGUGCAAGUUCUAUCUCAAAUCUGACUCAGUCACCACCAGCUUAGACGAGGAUGGGGCUCGAGCUAAGAUCACCCAACAAGCUGAAAAGAUGGCCAAAUCGGGCCUCCGAGUCUUAGCCAUGGCCUACGGAUUUGACUCCAAUAACAUGAUCUUCACUGGAUUACAAGGAAUGACCGAUCCGCCUCGAAAGGGAGUCUCAACUGCCAUUGCUUCACUUCAAAAGGGAGGCGUACAUGUCGUUAUGAUCACGGGAGACUCAGAGUUCACGGCCACAGCGAUCUCACGAGAGCUGGGAAUUCUGACCAAUUCGGGUAUCUCGAGCUGUCUGACUGGGCAAGAGAUUGAUCGACUGACUCCUCGUCAGUUGAUCGACCGGGUCAAGGGGACUUCGGUGUUUGCCCGAGUGACGCCACGACACAAGAUGUCGAUCAUCGAGGCCUUUCAAUCCACUGGAUCCGUCGUCGCCAUGACCGGCGAUGGGGUUAAUGAUGCACCGGCUCUAAGGAUGGCCGAUAUCGGGAUCUCGAUGGGGAAAGGCGCAACAGAUGUGGCUAAGGAAGCUGCAGAUUUGAUCCUCGUCGACGAUAACUUCUCGACCAUCCUACCCGCAAUUGAGGAAGGAAAGACGAUCUUCUACAAUAUUCAAAACUUUUUAGCAUUCCAACUUUCGACGGCCGUUGCUGCAUUAAGCCUGAUUACCAUCUCGACCAUCUUGGGCUUGCCUGCACCAUUGAAUGCGAUGCAGAUCUUGUUCAUCAAUAUCUUGAUGGAUGGGCCUCCUUCUCAAUCGCUUGGAGUCGAUCCAGUCAACAAAGAAGUCAUGAAACGUAAACCGAGAUCGAAACAUUCGGCGGUUUUGACGAUCCGACUGCUGUACCGGAUCGGCUUCUCAGCAAUCAUGAUCAUCGGAGGCACCUUAUUCAUCUAUCUGUUCGAUUUGAAAGGGCCAGAAGUGGGACAGAGAGACCAAACGGUGACCUUUACUUCCUUCGUCUUCUUGGACCUUAUCUCAGCCAUCCAGAAUAGAGGCUUGAAUGUCGACCUGUUUCCUAGGAGUCUUAAGCACCAGAUCCAAGGCUUCAUCCAAUACAAGAUCCCGGCAUUCUUCAGUCGGGCUUCACGGAAGAUCUACCAUCCUAUAAGCCGAACAACAUCCUCCCAUCAUCAUUUGGUCAAUCGAGACGAACGGGUAGUCAAAACUCAUAAUCCAAUCCUGUUGAUCACCGUCUUGGUCUCCUUCUUGAGUCUCUUAAUGAUCAUCUAUCUUCCAGUCUUACAGAAAAUCUUUCAAACCCAAGCGCUCGAUCAACGUGAUCUGGUCCUUCUACUUGCGUUGGGAUCCGUUAGCUUCGCUUGUCAUGAGAUUCGUAGAUACUUUGAACGGCUUAUCGAGAAAAAUGAAAACGAUUCUCUCCUUAAUCUGAACUUUUAAUCUCACUUUCAAUUCCUUCCCUCUUUUCUUCUGUUCUUUUGUUUUUUUUUCUCGCCCUCUUUGAUUUGGUUUUGAUUUACUUGCAUCCAUCUAUAAAUAUAUCUCCUUUUUUGUAACUCUUUCUUUUUGCUUAAAAAAUCUUAGAUCAUGUUUUUCUUUUUUCUUUAAUCCAAAAAACUCAAACUCAAAAGAUCUAUCUAGU